AGGAUGGAUCUGUACUACAACAUCCUAUCGCCUCCGUCGCGCGCCAUACUGCUGCUCGGCGAAGCGCUGCACCUAAAGUUCAACCUGAUCAGCCUGGACGUACACCGGAAGGACUAUGUGAACGCAGAGUUUAAAAAGAUCAACCCACAGCACACGGUACCGACACUGGUGGUCGAUGGUGUGGCCAUCUGUGAACCGGGCGCCAUCCUGAUCUACCUAGCCGAGCAGUAUGCACCGGCCGGUAGUACCUACUAUCCACCGGAUCCAUUGCGCCGGGCGAUCGUAAAUCAACGGCUGCUGUUCGAGUGUGGCACGCUGUACAAGUGCAUCUUCGUGUACUACAGUCCGGUCGUGCUGGAACGUGCCGUGCCGGUGGAAACGGAUCGUCAAAAGCUAGACGAAGCGGUAGCGGUGCUGGAUGGCAUUUUGCACCAUAGUGCAUUUGUGGCGGGCGAUUGUCUUACCGUGGCGGAUUACUCGCUCGUAUGCACCGUGUCCAUGUUGGUGCUGUUGAAGUUCGAGCUAGCACCGUACGCAGCCGUCCGUCGAUGGUACGAACGGUGCAAGGAGGUGAUUGCCGGUUACACCGACCUAACGCAGCGUGCCGUCACGAUGUUCCAAAAAUGGAUGGAGCAGGAAAAUGGGUCUAAUCCCCGCAAAGCAUAA